AAAAUCUUCGACCCCAAAAUUACACAAAUAGCCAGUUACAAAAGCUCAGGAUUGUCGUAAGUAAACAUUCGUACUAAUUUUACCUAUUGGUAGGCUAUGUCGCAACUUCUGGCCGAUGAUUCCAUUGCCUUAGUAUGGGAGGGACUUUGUUACGAAGAUGCUCCUAGUUUUCUGGAAGAAAUCACUGCAAAAUGUCGGUCAUUCAAGACUAAGAAAAGGAGGCAAAUAUUGAACGAACUGAAUGGAUAUUUAAAAUUCGGUGAACUAACUGCAUUGAUGGGUCCAUCGGGGGCUGGAAAGUCGACAUUGCUGAAUUGCCUUACACAGGGAGAAAGCUACGAAGGAACGGAUGGGAGAAUAGCUGUCGCUAAAGCGGAAAUGCGAAGUGUUUUUAUAACACAGAAUGAGAGAGACCAUUUACUGUUUAAUCUGACCGUUUUCGAGUCGAUGUACUAUGCUUCAGAAAUGAAGAAUCCUCCUAGCACGACCACAUCACAGCACAUAGCAAUUGUGAAACGACUGCUGGAUGAUCUGGACCUGGAAAAAGUGGAAAAUGUGAUGAUAGCACAAUGUUCUGGCGGACAGAAGAAACGAAUUGCAAUCGCAUUGGAAUUGACGGCGAUUACAAAACCAAAUUUUGUUUUUCUCGAUGAACCUACUAGUGGACUGGACAGCCACUCAGGAUUCAAUGUUAUUCACCGACUCAGAAUUUUGUCACAACAACUGAACAUUGCUGUGGUCACAGUCAUCCAUCAGCCCAAUUUUGAGAUAUUUUCUCAGUUCCACAAUGUGUACAUCUUAUCCAACGUUGGUAGAUGUAUUUUUACUGGAUCGCCAAAGACAUUGCAAGAACGUUUAACCGCCUACAAUUAUCAAAUUUCUAAUUCAAAUCCAGCUGAUGUUAUCAUUUUCGUUGCUUCUUGUAUUAGCGAAGAAGAUGAGGAGGAUUUAGUGGAGCCAAUGCAUGCUAGUGUUGAAGAGAUUUCCUACAAAAAAUUAGAGGACGCGCAACGAGACUGCGAAGAAAUGAUAAAACAAGUGGCAGAAGAUUGGCCCAAAAAUCUACUCACUUUGUCAGGUAUUGAAAUCGAAAAGUAUGGACUGUGCACUUCACCUGAAUCAUUCAGAAUGCACACGCUCUGGGUAUUGAUGAAGAGAACCUUCAUUACGUCGCUGUUAAGACAAAAACGAUUGAUCCUAAUCCGAUUGGCAUUGCAUCUGCUUGUGGCGGUAGUAUUGGCAGCCCUUUACAAUCGCAGUUUAGGCAAAACGGGAGACUGUUAUGUUGUAGUACACAAUAGUACCAGUUUGUGUAAAUCCGAAAACAUUGAACACAAUCUGCGAAAAGAAAGCGAUCCCGGUCAAAACGUUAAAUUCCAAUUCUUCAGCUUGCUAUUUCUUAUGUUUGCUGCUUUGAUGCCUACUGUACUCACAUUUCCAGUUGAAAUUAAGCUAUUCAUCAAUGAGCACCGUAACGGAUGGUACAAUACUUCAUUUUACUACAUUUCAAAGACGCUGAUCGAAAUUCCAGUUCAAUUGCUCUUUUCAUUUUGCUUCGUAUACUUUUUGUACUGGUACAGUGAACAAAUCGACGUAACUUGGCGAUUCAACUGCUUUUUGGCGGUGACGAUAGUUAGUGGUUUCAUUGCACAAGGUUUUGGCUUUCUAAUCGGAGUUCUAUGUGUCAAUUCGUUUUCUAUGGCAAUCAUACUUUCCAGUACUGUGUUGCUAUUCCAGUUUUUAUUCUCCGGCUUUUUUGUGAAGAUAUUGCAGAUGAGUGUUUACACGAAAUGGGUUACCUACUUUUCAUUCGUCCGAUUCAGUUUCGAGUCGCUGCUGAUCAUUUUAUAUGGCGAGAAUCGCUGUCAAAGUCCAUCCAAGUCAAGUAUUAUGUACACAUUUGAUCUGCACGAUGACAAUUUGAUUUCGAAUACAUUUUGGAUUGCGUGCCAUCUCAUUGCCACUCGGCUAUUGGCAUAUCUCUUACUUCGGAAUUUAGCAGAUGAAGCGAUGUUAUCCAGAACACUCAGUUGGGAAGUUGUGUCGCAGUCAAUUACGACGAGAUACAAACACGUUCGACAGCGCUUUCGUUUUGGCCGUUCGAAUUCAAAUUAUCAAAGAGAAUACCAUUUGUAGACGCCCGUACGAAGGAAGCAAAUUUCAUAGCGAUUUUUACUCGAUGUGCUCUAAAUUGCCUUAAAUAUGUAUACAAGGAUAAAAGUUAGAUUUGCUUUAAGCUUUUUAUAAUAAGAAUUCUUCGUAACAUUAAAGCUACAUUGCAAGAUAAAACAGUCGUGAAAUGAAAAUUUUGACUCUAAAUGUAUGUCUUAAUAGUCGGGUUCCUUGAUAGCAAAUUUUCUUUUUCAACAAUCGACUUUUUCAGUACAAUUCGGGUGAACGGAGCCAUUUUUCUGAAACAAGGGCCUGGUGCCUGGACUACAUUGUCAGUAUUUCAUUUAACUGCUGAGUGUAUACUGAUAAAGUUUUGCUCAAUUGUUGAUAUGUAUCCAACUUUGAUAUUAUAUCCAAAUCUGUGAA